AUGAGACGCAGUGUGGUGGUGUUCAGUCUCACUGCGGCUGCGGCCACCACGCAGAUCUGUGCAUUGACUCGCAAGAAAAUUAUUGAUUGGGAUUCACACAACAACUCUUUUGAUAUGCGUCUCUUUAAACUUAUUAAAGAUCGUCUCACUUCUCCUACAGAGCCAUUACCAGCGAAUCAAGUAUAUGCAACGAUAGCAAAUCCUUGUCGUUUAAUAGACGAAUUUACACAUGCUAAAACAACACGUCGAUUGGCUCGUUUGCGAACUUCUUUGGGUUUCUUGCGACGACAUAAUGUCCUUUUGCAUAGUUUAUUAUUUUAUGUAAAGGAGUCCAAAACAUGGAAUACAACAGGAGAAUUCGGACGACUCGCAUUAUUUGGAGAAACUUUAUUAAAACAUGAAAUUCGUACCCGUACACUUCGUUUAUUCCCUUCUAUAGACUCUGCAACCUAUACCUCUUUAACGACGAUGAUGACCAGUGAAGAUGCGUUGUGUAGAUUAUUUGAUCAACUUUUGAUGAAAUCCCUUGUUGGGGCUAAACCAGAAGGAAAAGAAAAUGCCUGGUCUUUAACAAAACAACAAAAGAGUAAUAUGUUGUGUGCAAUAGUAGCUGAAAUGAAUUGGUUUGCUGCCCGAACAAAAGCUACAGACCGAACGCAUAAUAACGCCCUUUUUCCACCAUCCGAUGCCCUUAUUCUUCAUGUACUCUGUUGUCAUGUUCUUGAAAGUUUUCCUGCAGAGUUAAUCUAUGCUAUUGUAGAACCUCGUAUUCAUCGUAUAAAAGAAGUUUGGGUGAAUGAACCAAUGUCUAUUCCAUCACAAUUACAUUUAAAACCAAGAACUAUUGGAGCUCACGCCUUAUCGUUAGUAAGGAAUUCUAUAAGUGAUGCGGAACGAAAACGUAAGGAAGAAGCAAAAACGGCUAAUUUAUGUCAACCUUCUCUCUCUCCUGAUCCUAUUGUUGGUAGUAUUAGAUCCACUAUGAAUCCACGGUGGGAUUAUAAACGAUUUGAUGAGGGACGGUAUCAAGUAUUAGAAAAGGAUAAACGUUGCUGUUUGUCACUACAAUCAUCACCUAAUGUGAAGAGUGUUAGUGAUUCUGUUUCUUUCUGUUUAACAGAUGAAAGACGGAGAGAGUUGGUCUCAAAGGCGUUUGAAAACAGAAAUUAA